AUGACAAUCAAGUUUUGUGCUUCUACGAAAUUGCGGAAUCCCAUUCAUAUUGAUUCUAGAUUUGUUGAUCGACUUGUUGCAGAAGAUGAAGAAUCAAUAAAAACAUUAAACACUUUGAUAUUUUCGCUUAUUCGUUCAGGACGUUUAGAAGAAGCCAAAUCGUUAUUGGAUAAUGUUGGCCUGCCUGCUUUGUCUAUUUUUAUCUUAAUUCGUGAAUUUCUUACAAAUCAAAAACUUACACCUUUGGAUCGUUUUGAAGAUAAUUUUAUUUUGGCACAGUCUCGACUCUAUUUUAAGCAAAUGGCUCGUGAAUUGAUUCCAAUGGAAGGUAAAGGCCGUGUUCAAGCAUCUGAUCAAUGUAUUUGGGCAACAAUUGCCGGACAUUUACCGACGCUUUUUAAUUACGCUAAUUCUUCAGAGGAUCGUCUCUGGGCUCUUUUAAGCUGUGCAGUUGAAGCAAUUUUAGGUUAG